AUGAGGCACCCACAUUCAAGUGUGCCUCCAGGAUUUAGAUUUCACCCCACUGAUGAAGAACUCAUCCUUCAUUUUCUAAUGAAGAAACUGAGCUCCUCACCUUUCCCCGUUUCCAUCAUCGCGGACGUCGAUAUCUUUAAGUUCGAUCCCUGGGACUUACCAGGUGAGACUCGCUUUAAUAACCCUUUCAAUAUAAAGCUGUGCUUGGUGAGAAAGAAUGGUACUUUUUCAGCCCGAGAGACAGAAAGUACCCAAAUGGUGCAAGGCCAAAAUGGGGCAGCUGGAUCCGGGUUUGGGAAAGCAACCGGGACUGAUAAGAUUAUAGUUGCAUCUUCAAUGGCAGCUGGAAGGGGGUGGAGUGCAUUCCGAUAUUGGUGUAAAGAAAGCUUUGGUGUUUCACAGACAAAACAAGCCAACACACAUCUUUAA